AUGUCCGCUUCAGAUUAUAAGCUCCCUGCCAACUUGGAGUCCUUUUCUCAAACUGAGGGUUCUCAGACCGGGGUGAAAGAAAUUAAAAUCGUGGUCAUUGGAGAUUCUGGAUGUGGUAAAACCUCGUUGUUGAUCAACUACAAGGACGGCAAGCCCGCCAACCAUAAGGACUACGUUCCGACGAUUUUCGAAACUUAUAACUGUCUGAUUUCCAGCGGUUCGUCCACGUUCAAGCUCUCGUUGCAUGAUACGGCCGGCCAAGAAGAUUUCGAGGGCUUAAGAACGCCCAUUUACUCCGACGUCGACGUGGUAGUUGCAUGUUACUCCGUGGACUCGCAGCCGUCGCUUGCUAAUAUCAUAGAGACGUGGGUCCCCGAGGUCCAGAAUUACCAGCCUGAUGUGCCUAUAAUUUUAGUCGGGACCAAAUGCGACCUGAAAGCCGAGCUUAGCCACGACCAGCUCGUCACAAAGGAAGAGGAGCUCGAGGUGAGUUCCCAGAUCGGCAAAACCGUGUUUGGCCACCUGCAAGCCUCUGCCAUCACUGGCGAGAACGUGAAAAAAGUGUUUGAUGUCUGUGCCAGCGUCAUGGCCGGCAAGGCUCCGCCUGCUGCUCCCGCUACCGACAGGCCGACUGCCUCCAAAACUGCUCCUGCUACCGGAACAAAAGCAUCGACCGAGGAAAAGGGCGGUUGCUGCGUGAUUGUUUGA